UGGACCUCUUUCCCGAGUUGGCCGCAAGGUGCAGCACUUUCGUUGCGGCUUCACUUGAGAACAAAGGACUGAACACUCUCAGUUUUUAUCAUUUCUCUCUGAUACAAAAUGAGUUCUUUCUCAAACAUUAAUGACCUGUCAGAGGAACACAUAUUACGAUGCACGAGGGCAAUCUUUCAUUUGACGAAGGAGCAAUUGAAAGCUAAAAAUGCACUGUUCGAUGGGGAGAGCCAACCACUGUUCAUGCAAGUAACAUGUAUAAGGAUUCCCGAAACUCCGAGAAGAUGUAUGAGAAUUGUACUACCUCAUUCGAUGGUAUCGGAAACUGACGAGGUGGCACUUUUUGUUGGCGAUCUUGAAAGAGGUAGAAGAAAGGAUUACGAACCAACCGUGGAACACUACGAAGACCUGCUGCGUAAACACGGAUGUACAAGGAUCAAGAGCGUGAUACCCAUGAAUCAAGUGAAAACGGAAUACGAUCAGUAUGAAUUGAAGAGGAAGCUCGUCGACAGUUACGAUCAUUUCUUGGUCGACGGGAAGAUAGCUGGCCAUUUGUCUCAUUUAUUGGGAAGUGAAUUUUACAAGAAAAGAAAAUUACCGACGCCCGUUAGAAUGCAGAGCAAAGAUUUAAAACACGAGAUCGAGCAUGGUCUAAAAAAAACUUUGAUGCCAAUACAUCCCAAUGGCGACACUCAUGUCGUCCAAGUUGGACAUAGCUGUAUGAAGGAGGAACAGAUUCUCGACAAUAUAUUAGCAACGUGUACCUUUCUGUCUAAGCACUAUCCAGGAGGUUGGACCAACGUUCGUUGUGUUCGCCUGAAAACUCGGACCAGCUUGGGUCUUCCCAUAUACACGACACUGAAAAAUAAAAACUCUGUCCAAAUACCGACCGUGCGACCUAAGAGACCUAAAGCAUAUCACCAAGUGUCAGGAGAGAUAAGUACCGUGGCAAGCCUCGACUCCGUAACUGUGACUCCCGAAGGAGACGUUAUUGUUCAGCAGAAGAGGAAGAGGUACGGGAAACGAAACAUCGAACAGAACAAAUAAUUAAGCUUUCUAUUAUUUUCUUUCUGUGACUCUAGUAAACAACGUCGAAAAAUCA